AUGGAGCAGAUUCUAUGGCUGCGUAUCUUUCAGACCAUCGUGGGUAUUGUCGGCAUCUUGGGCAACGGUCUCGUCUGUGUUGUUAUCGGUAAAGUCUCAUCGAUGCACACUCGUACCAACGCCUUCAUCUUCCACCAAGCUGUGGUGGAUCUUCUUGGUUCAUUUAUGACUCUUUUGCAGAGCGAGGCCCCGAUACCCGACCCCGUGCCCAAUAACGCCCUUGGGUGGGUAGUGUGCCACAUUUGGUACUCCAGAUUUGCACUUUUCCUCCUUUAUGUGAUAUCAACGUACAACCUGUUGUCGUUGACUAUGGAGCGGUACUUCGCCAUCGUUCACCCGUUCACGUACCAAGCAGCCUUCGCCAAGCGCCCAAGACUGAAAGUUGGCGUGGUCAUUGCGGCGUGUUGGAUCAUUGGAACAGUUAUCAACUCUUACGUCGCUAACGCCUUUAAGGUACAAGGCGGCAGAUGCGUCUCGAGUGCCGCGUAUCGGUCCAAAGUCAUCGGGGGCCUGGUGGCCAUUCUGCAGUAUAUCGUGCCGGUGGCAGUGAUGCUGUUUGCGUACAUUCGCACCAGCGUAGAGCUUAAGAGUGGAGCGGCCCGAGUUGGACCGGCACCGGCCAACGUGGGUCAAGCAGCUGGAGCAUCUACCACGGAUGGCAACGCCCAACCAGAAGGUAUGAUGGAGUCCCUACUCCGAGCUAGACGUAAUACCUUCAAAAUGCUUUUGAUCGUCUUUAUCACCUUCCUGGUGUGCUGGACACCAAACCAGAUCAUCUAUCUCUUGUUCAAUCUGGGUUGGAAUCUCAAUGUUCAGGAUUGGUACUACCUUUUGUCUAUAGCGAUGGUUGCUGCAAAUAGCUGCGUCAAUCCGGCCAUCUACGCCUUCAAGUAUCGUCAAUUCCGCAAAGGGAUACGCGAAGUAUUUAGCAGACGACUCGUGCGCCUUCAAGAAGCUUCAAAUUCCUGA